UAUUUCCAGUCUGAGAUGAAGAUGGACGAUCAGAGUCUGAUGGCAGCUCUGUCUGAGAACGUGUUGACAGUCAACAUGUUACUGAUUGUCUUCUUCCUUCCAGGUGUUUUGGCUGAUUGUGGUGAUCUAAAACCAGCUCUGUUCAUCACUACACCAAAGAAGAUUGAAGCACUGAAUGGAUCUUGUUUGCACAUCCCAUGUAGCUUUAAUACAAAAGAAAAAUCAUUUAACAGCAGCAGAACUAUUUAUGGUAUCUGGAUGAAACAUAAAGCAAGUUUUGGCAAUCCAGCUUCUUCUAUUUUCAACAGCAGUGGGUCAGUUAACACCUAUUCUCUGAAUAUUACUGGAAACCUCAGAGAGAAAAACUGCAUCACUCUGUUUCCUGAUUUAAAAACCAAUUAUACAGACAAAUACUUCUUCAGAGUUGAGAACGGGCCGUUCAGAGCAACAGCUUGUGCCGAUCCUCUUCAGAUAACAGUUAAAGAUUCUCCUUGGAGUCCCAGCAUUAACAUCUCUGGUGGUGAUCUGAAGGAGCAUCAGUCUGUCACUAUAACCUGCUCAGCUUUGACUCCCUGUCCACACUCACCUCCUGAACUCACCUGGAAUCUCCAACAAGACUCUCACAGACAAACAGAGAAAAACACAGAUGGAACCUUUACAACUAAAAUCCAGGAGAACAUCACUCUGUCAGACACACAUGAUGGAUACAACAUCAGAUGUUCUGCCAGAUAUCCUGUGAAUGGAGGAAACAAGACAGCAGAGACAGCAGUGACUCUCAGUGUUUCAUAUGCUCCUAGAAACACCUCAGCAUCCAUCAGUCCAUCAGGUUUGGUGUCAGCAGGUAGCUGGGUGGAGCUGAACUGCUCCAGCAGAGCCAAGCCUCCUGCCAGCUUCACCUGGUUCAGGAACAGCAAACAUGGAGCCAUUAAUGUAUCUGUGGGGCAGGUUUACAGCUUCAAUGUUACUGAGGGAGGAGAGUUUUACUGUGUGGCUACAAAUGAUCUGGCUAAUGAGACGUCAUCAGUGAUCCUACUUAAUACUAAGGGAAAUCCUGUCUUUGUUGCAAUCGUAGUUGGAGUCAUUUGGUUCAUCUGCCUGGUUCUUUCUGUUUGGUACUUCAAGUCCAAAUGUCCAACUCCACAACAGACUCGGGUGGGGUACUUUUCAUCUUCUGUAUGCAGCAAGUUUUUAUCUGCAGGUUUGUGACAACAUUUGCUAAAC